AUGGAUUCAACACCGUUUGAGGCAGUCUCAUCGGAAACAGAACCAACUCUGCAAUCAGCAGAUGACAGCAGCUCCUCAUUCUCCAUCCAGAUGAUUAUAAACAUGAUUUUCCUCAUUCUCGGCAUCCCAGCCAACGUAUCGGCCAUAUUUUUCGUCUGGAGGAAAAGUGGAGGAUUCUUGUCACCUGUGAUGCCGUUCCUUAUCAACUUAGCCGUAGCUGAUCUGCUGGUGCUCGCAGUAUAUGUUCCAUUCUACAUGGCAUACGAGGCAUUUGAUUUUGUUUGGCCCUUCGGCAACUUCCUUUGCAAAACUGUCUUCUCGCUGACACACAUUUCCAUGUAUGCUUCGUUGGCGACUUUGACAGCCAUCGCUAUGGAGAGGUACCUCAUCACAUUCUCCGACCCAAUCAAGAAAAGAACGGUUAAGUAUCUCAUUAUCAUUAUUUGGGUUGCUGCUAUUUCUCUCUGCAUACCACAACUGAUCUACCUCAAGACCAUAAAAAUUGAUACAUUUGAAGAUCUUGAAACUCAGGAUAUCUCGCCAGAUGAUGUUGGGCCAAAGGAAGAUAUUGAUAUAAAUGAAGACAAAUACAUUUGCGGUCUGGAAUGGCCGCAUUCAAAUGUAGAGAUAUUCCUUCAACCAAUUGACGCGGUCAUUUUGUAUUUGAUCCCGCUAUUUCUUAUUAGUGUUCUCUAUGCAAAAAUCAUCAGAAAGUUGAGCGCAAUUGACCGAGAAAAUUUUCCUUCUGCACGCUUAGCAGUUGAGAAGAAGCGUAGAUGCGCCGUUCGCAAAAUGGUCACCAUCAUUGCGAUCUUCGCUUUGUUUCACCUCCCAAUUCACGUGUUCCAUUUCAUCCGUGUUUUCUUUUACGAUUCCUGGGAAGUUCUUACUUCCAAGUUCACUUGGCUCUUCUCUCUCUGCGUCAAUCUUGUGCUGGUGACCCAUGUGAUUAAUCCGUUAGUGUACGGGUCGGUUCAUCACUGCUUUGGGUGCACAGGGCAAGUUUUCAAAUGCAUGAAUUGUCGAUGGCGCCUUAAGCCGGUGCGGAGGAGAAUCCUUUUUCCUUUGAUGCGUAGAAGCAACACACAACAGACCCCUCUUAGGCACAAACAAAGUUCUGGUUAA